CAAUACUGAAUAGAUUUAGAAUCUAUGUUGUUAUAAAUAAAUGCCCAAACCUAAUGCACGAGGACGUGGGAUGGCAGGUGCUAUGUCAGUAUGUACCGAACGACUGUCCAACACGGCCAGGCAGCUAUCAUGUAGUGUUAAUAAUUAACUCAAAUACCUAGAAAAGAUUCGAUCUUAGAUUUUCCUAAGGCUUUUGACAAAGCUCACCACCUUACUUUGCUUAAAAAAUUAAAAUAUUUUGGCAUUGAUGGUCCAUUGCAUCAGUGAAUUAAGGAUUUUCUGAUAGGGAGAGAAUAAACUGUAAUAAUAAAUGGCUCUAAAUCAACACUAAUAACAGUAAACUCAGCUAUGUCUACCCCAAGCUUUAUGAUUUCUGUGUUUAGUAUGUGGUCAGACCAACGCACCUUAUGAAUACUCUUUACACAGCGUAGGUGGAAGGAGUUUAGCUUUCUGAUGUGGUAGGAAUACAAAGUCCAGGACUUUGAUGCAUAUAAGAGUGACGGGAAAACUACAGCACUGCAGACUUUCAGUUUUGUGGAUAUGCUGAGUCCUCUCCGUUGCCACACUUGUCCUUGAUGUCUGCCCAAAGCAGCACUGAUAGAGUACUCAUGAUGUUUCUCUACAUUACAAAUGUGCUUCUCUUCAUUGGCGUAAUAGCAUUCUCCAAUAAGUCCUUAACUAUAUAUAAAUUGGAUUCGGUUGAAGGCAUUGGCUGUCAACCGUGGUCUCUUAAUGUCAAAGUAAAUAAACACUUGUGUUGGGGUGGAAAUGUGAGUUUUCAAAACUAUUCGAAAGACGUAGGGACAAUGUUGAUCAUGACAAUAACCUUGGCUGAUCCUAACAUACGCGAAUUGUUGUCCUUAAUUAAUUUUGAUAAGUGUGGGAAACAACUAUUAAAGUCACAAGCGUGUGCAUGUACGUCUGAAAAUGGAUAUGAUUCUUUCAGCUAUACUUGUGCUAAAGCAUUUAAAACUUCUGAUAGUGGAGCUAUAAUUAGUGUCCAGAUCCAUGACUUUAACGGUUUUGUUGUACAAGAAGCUAUUCUGAAGUUGCCACUAUUCAGUAAAGAAGAAACAUUCUCCAAUAAGUCCUUAACUAUAUAUAAAUUGGAUUCGGUUGAAGGCGUUGACUGUCAACCGUGGUCUCUUAACGUCAAAGUAAAUAAACACUUGUGUUGGGGUGGAAAUGUGAAAAACUAUUCGAAAGACGUAGGGACAAUGUUGAUCAUGACAAUAACCUUGGCUGAUCCUAACAUAAGCGAAUUGUUGUUCUUAAUUAAUAUUGAUGAGUGUGGAAAACAACUAUUAAAGUUACAAGUGUGUGCAUGUACCUCUGAAAAUGGAAAUGAUUCUUUCAUUUAUACUUGUGCUAAAGCAUUUAAUACUUCUGAUAGUGGAGCUAUAAUUAGUGUCCAGAUCCGGGACUUAUACGAUCAUGUUGUACAAGAAGCUCUUCUGAAGUUGCCACCAUUCAGUAAAGAAGAAACAUUCUCCAAUAAGUCCUUAACUAUAUAUAAAUUGGAUUCGGUUGAAGGCGUUGACUGUCAACCGUGGUCUCUUAACGUCAAAGUAAAUAAACACUUGUGUUGGGGUGGAAAUGUGAGUUUUCAAAACUAUUCGAAAGACAUAGGAAAAUUUUUGAUAAUGACACUCACUUUGGCUGAUCGAAGGAAAUUGUUGUCCAUUACUCAGUUCGCAAAGUGUGGGAAACAACUAUUAAAGUCACAAGUGUGUGCAUGUACGUCUGAAAAUGGAUAUGAUUCUUUCAGCUAUACUUGUGCUAAAGCAUUUAAAACAUCUGAAUCUAUAAUUAGUGUCCAGAUCUAUGACAACAGUCUUGUUGUACAAGAAGCUAUUCUGAAGUUGCCAUCAUUCAGUAAAGAAGAAAGUAAGUGUUUUAAAAUGAGUAUUAUAAACGCGGUCAACGAGUUUGCAUACGUUGCCCCCUAUUUUGGUUUAUCUAUGAACCUCGAGUAA